UUCCCAAUAAAAGCCUUGCCACAAUCUCAAUCCCCAGCUUUGACACAAUGGCUUUCCUUCUUCCUUGGACCUGUGUACUACUUGGUUGCUUUUCUGUUUCUUUAGCAGGAGCAUCUAAUUUCUCAGAUCUGUAUCCCCCGCUGUGGAAGAAAAGUGCUAGUCAGUUCAGUGACUACAGGGUAAAGAAUGGAAAGUACAUUAUUGAUCCCUGGGUAUAUCCUGAGAGAAUGGGGAUGUACAAAAUCCUAGUGAACAAGACAGCAAGUUAUUUUGAAAACAUUCUAUUAGACAAUGAACAAAACAUUUUAUGGGGGUUACCUCUCCAGAAUGGCUGGCAAUACAAAACAGGAAGAUUAGCUGAUCCCAGAAGAAGGACCGACUGUGGCUAUGACUCUGAUCCUCUGUGCGUCUCUGUGGACAGUUGGUGGGCUGAUAUGAAUUACUUUCUAUGUGCAUUGCCCUUCCUUGCUGCGGUUGACUCUGGCAUAAUGGGGAUAUCAUCGGACCAAGUCAUGCUUUUGCCACCACCCAAGGACCAGACAAAGUUUUGUCUUAAUGUUUCUAGUUGCCGGUCGUCCUUUCCUGAGAUAAUGAGCAAGUGGAAUGCCUUUUACCAGCAUUUACAGUAUCCUUCCAGUACCUUUGAAGACCUGUUGAAGUACUUAUGGGCUGCACAUGUUGCAACCAUAGAUACUGUUGGCAAAAUAUUUGAAGAUAGGUUGGAGUAUUAUUCUAAAGCGGAAGCAAAUUUUGGAAGAAAUUGGUGUGUGGCUGUGGAUUAUUUAGCUGCUUCCCUGUUUCCUACAACUUUGGUCAGAACACAUGAAUUCCAGGAGGGCCUGCCACCACGAAUGCUUGUUAAUGGGGAUAGAGCCCCCUUUAUCAGCGACUUUACUGAAUUUCAAAACACUGUCUUGCUCCUUCUAAGUUUUCUUUCCCAAGUGGAUAACUUUCCAGCUUUGAAAGCCAAUGGGGCUUGCAUCAACAAGACCCAGAAGGCUACAGCAAAUGAAGAGACAGUUCUUAGAAGGCUUGUGCAGACUCACUGUGGCAAAUUCCCAAGGAUCUAG